AUGGAAAAUCUGAUCAGAAACCCCUCCGAAUUAAUGAAAAAUGCCCAAGGUGAGAUGAGAAAUUUGGAAUUAGAGCUUCAAUAUGGUCAUAUUGGUCGCUAUGAGCAAGAUUUGAUUAGAAAUAUUGAUCCUAAAAAUAUUCAUUUUAGUAUAGCUGGUGAUUUAUCGCUGAACCAAGUCUUGAAAUAUAUUGAAACAACAGGCUAUUCCAUCUCCGGAUCCAUGAUUUCUUAUUACUCAUAUGAAAAAGAUAUUCAUAUCUUUGUGGGCCACUACCCUUUAACCCAUGAUGUGCAAAUCUCUCAAAAUAACCUAACUCCCACCCAAAUUAUAAUUAAAUUAAUUAUAACACUAUGAAUUUAUAUUUAUUAAAAGAACCUAAAUACUGCAUAGACUAUAGUUUUGUACUUCAAAAGCUCUAAUAGAUUUUUAUAUUCAGUUAUCAACAUAGAAAAUAUAUAAUGGCUCUUGAAGUAUAUAGUCCAUCGGCUAUUUUAAAAUAUGGUCCACAUGUGGAUUCGAACUCCAAUUGCAAAAUAGCAUUCCAUAUGGAGCAGUAUGCAGGCUAAAUGUAAUAUUAAUCAUGUGUGGAUUUCAAACCAAUGCGUGUGCCAUUUUUUAAAAAAGUGGUCAACGGUAUAAUAAAUAUUUUCCCAAAAUUUUGUCUAUUUAUGAAAAGUAGUAGUGAGAUAUUAAGAAACCACACGCUCAAACUGAAGUGCAGAUAUGUAAAUCCAACUGAAAAUUCAAAUGAAGAAGCUGGGAUUGAUGAUGACGAAGCUUCAGAGAAAGGAGAGCAAGGCUCAAGACGCACCAAAGAAAGAAAAAUUGGUUAUAUCAUUGAAAAGGUUGCAAGAUGAAGAAAUUUAUAUAAUGGAACAAUUAACUCCAGAGGAGAAAAUGUUAGGCUCACUCUGGAAGAAGCUGCUGUACAAGUCGGAAUUUCAAAAAAAUCGCUUGAUGAUUAUUUACUUCAACUUAGAUUUGGAAGAAAGUUUGGGUUCAAUUUUGAAGAGCAUAAAGGCGAUAAAGUAGGAUUGCUAAGGGCCUAUGUAAAAAAAUUCAAACAAAUUCAGUCAGAAAUUGCAAAACUGGGACCAGGAGACCAGCUUUCAAAAGAAAGCUUGGAACUAUUAAAUCAAAAAGGAACGUUAGCUUGUAAAAGUCGCAAGUGCUGUGUGCCACCUCCAGGAGUGCUGAAGCUUCCUCUUCAAGCUCAUGGACCUCAAGUUGACAAUGAGUUUUUGAAAUAUGUCAAUCAAUAG